AGUUGAGUUUUUGCUAGAUUUACUAUGCGAGUUUGAGUUGUUUUAUUUAGCCAUGCAACCGCAUAUGCACAGCAACACGUUUUCUUGUCCUGCAGCGCCCUCUGUAGACUUGCCGCGGCACUGCUUCGGCGUGGCAGCUAGGUGACGUCCGUCUGUCCGUCUGUCCGUCUGUCCGUCUGUCCGUCUGUCCGUCCGUCUGUCCGUCUGUCUGUCUGUCUGUCUGUCUGUCUGUCCGUCUGUCCGUCCUCCAAGUACGCGAGCUUCCGCCGGGGCCUCCUCGCGUUCCAUCCGUGGUGACCUGACCACAGUGGAGUCGCACCGGGCCGGCCGGGCGUGGAAGUGUUGUGACGAUGUCCGCUUUGUAUCGCUUGGUGACGCGAGUGACGCGGGCCGCCAGCACUCGUGAGAGAAGUCGCCGUAAUCGUCCAAAGCUCAGCUCGCUUGUCGCCUCCUCCACAUGACUUCCUUGACGCUCUUCCCUCCUUACCCCAUCUAUUUCUUCGACCAGCCUGCACCACUGCGAAGUAAGAAGGGCAAAGUUGCCACUGCGGGGAAACCCAAAGAGGACAAGAAGGAAAAAAGGGCUGAAAAUGGCAAACAAUUGAAGCUCCUGAAAAAAGUCAAGAGCGACUGUCUCGCCGAGACCUCGGCCAACGGGGAAACGUGCGAAGAUGAGUCGACGGACGACGAGAGCGAGGACCCGCUGGCCAGCCAGAAGCGGGCCGCCCCCCGCCUGCUGAACGAAUUGGGCCGCCUGCUGCACCGCCACCGGGGCGCCUCCCUGCAGGUGGGCCACCUCUUCAACUACUCGGCCGAGGCGGCGCUCAAGCCGCCCCCGCCGGCCAAAGAUGCGGCCCCGCGCAGGGCGGCCAGGAGGAAAAAGUCCCCCAAGAAAAGCUUCAAAGCAAACCAAGACGUAACAGAUGACGAUGCCGCCGCCGAUGAAGCAUCCGCCGUCAGUCCCACGCCGACGGACGAGAUGAUCCCCGGCGGCUGUCGAGAUCCAGAUUGGUUGGCUUUGCCGCUCCAGGCCUUGGGUGAAGACACGCCUCCUCCCAGGGGUUUGUGCCAGUGGGUGGUGGAGCGACUCCAGGCCAGCAACAGUUUGCACAUCAAGCGGCGAGUGUUGGGCCAGGUGCCGAGUUCUCCCAUCCUCCGCCACUACGUGGACGCCAAGGCCGGAAUGAGGAGCCGUAGCGUCUUAAGCGCGGCCAGCGAAGCCGCCGAGCCCACGCCUCGGCGGACGCCGCCGCCGCCGCUCAAGAAGCUCCACUGCAGGUCCACCGACGGAAGCUCCUUCAUCUACUACCCGUCGGGCAACAUGGCCGUCUGCCACAGCCCCUGGGCUCUCCCGGCGGGGGGCUUCUGCACCAACGUCUUUGCCGACAGCCACGCGUCGGCGGUCUUGGCCACCGUCACCGCGUUCGGCCACGGUUCCGCCUCGCACCCCGACAGUUCGGCGGUGACGGCCCUGUGGGACCGGCACGGCGGCUUCACGUGCGACCGGGAAGGCAACCUCAAGAAGGAGUGGUGCUGGAAGACGGACCGAGAACAGGACGAGAUUGUGGUCAAGCUGGCAAAGGGCAUCUCGCUGCGUCUGUUGAGCGGCACGUCGGCUGUGCUGUGCUUCAAGUGCGAAGACAACAAGGUCCAGCUCCCUCUCCCGGCCCUCCCCUACUCGGCCAAGGAAGCGGAGGCCGAGCAGACGUUCCCGGAGGCGUCGGCGGGGACCCUGUCGGCGCCAUGGACCAAAGGAUGCCACGGCACGUGCGAGCUGACCAAAAUGCGCAAAAAAGUACGAGACAUCCUGGACGCCUGGCUGGACUUGUAUCGCAGCGCCACCGGUAUGAAGCGCAGCGAGAAAAAGCCCAAGACCUCCAGGGGCAAGCACAAGAGGCGGGCGCACGCGUCGGCGCCACCCGCCAAGAAGUCACCCGAGCGGGCCCGCGGCAAGACCAAAGAGAAAGCGGCGGUGGCGGCGGCCAAACUGGAGUCGCCCGGCAAGAAAACGCCGCGGGAAGCCCCGCCCAAGACCAGGGUACCCGCCAAGAACACCAAGGAGCACAGUAUGAUCCAGAUCGGACCCCUUCGCAUCCUGGGAAACAUCAAACAGGAGUCGGUGAUCCUUCCCGACCAUCCCGACCUGCGUCUGGCGGCCCUGCCCCGCUUGCCCGUGCGGUGUCGGCUGGCGCCGUCGGUGCCGCUCACCGUGUGCCCCCUGCUGCUGCGGGCGGCCCUGCUCAAGCAGCUUACGGGCCCCGCCCCCAGGAGGUGCUGCUGCAGCACGGCGCUGAUGCCCGUGCUGCUGGACGCGGAGUACGACGCCUUCGUCACGGGCCAGCCGCGGCACAGCCAGCAGAUCCUGGUGGUGGUGGUCACGCUGCCCGUCAAACCCGGGUCGGCGCCGGAGCAGGACGCCGUCCAGCGGCUCUACCGCAAGUGCAACCGCAGCCGAACCAUGCCCUGCGCUCAGUGCCAGAUGGACUCCUUUCGCCUGCUGAGGUACGAGGUGUCCACGGGGGCCCUGGGCUGCCCGGUGGACAACAUUCUCCUGCAGCGUCGCCACAACGUCGCCGCUGGCAUGAUCCUGAUGUACAUCCGAGGGCGACUGAUGUUUUUGGGCUACGUCUCCAGCGGUCGCUCCGCCUUCCCCGUCUUGGACCUUCAGAAGCAAAUUUUGAGAACCAGGGAGGACUACAGGAUGGGUGUCCGGCUCCCUCCCGAUUACAAAUUCAGCGAGAGCGUAAAGGUCAGCCCGGAAGCCUCCAACGCAAAUAAAGCGGACGGAUCGGCGCUGGCGCUCGCCAACGACACGUCGCCGGACAAAGACUACGUCGCCGACGCGUGACGGACUGGGAGGAGGCGACGUCCUGCCCAAUGAGGCGCACAAAUGGAGCUUGGGAACGACUUUGGAACUUUUGGUUGGGAAGAGCAGCAUGGCAAUAAAUGUCUUUUCCCUCCCUCCAA